CACCAUGAAAAACUAUCGCCCGACUCUCCACCUUGCUAUCCUCCCUUUUCUAUCUGGUUUAGCCAAACCUGCGUGUAUUUCAAUAUUGCCACCACGGGAUUUCGAUUUUAACGCUGGUUGGCUCCUUGAAUCUCAAUCAUGCUUGAGCACUUCCCCCUGGUCCAUAUUCAAGCAGUUUGGUUGGAGUGUUGGUGUGUUUAGUGUUUGAAAAAAAAAAAAUAUAGAUGCAAUAAAUCCACAGGAACACCAGUCCCAACUUUAAAAAAAAAAAACAUGCCGAAGAGAAAGGCUGCAGCUGAGGGUGAUGCCAAGGAGGAGCCACAGAGGAGGUCGGCAAGGUUAUCGGCUUUUACUUCUAUGGGAAGUUUCUCCUGCCACCACACAACAGAUUCACUUCCUGUGCAGCAGUAUUCAGACUUCCUGCAUAGCAUAUACGAAAGAAAAGGUUGUGAACGAUAAAAAGGAAGACAAGAAGGCAGCGGUGAAAGGAAAAAAGGGUGUGAAAGGUGAGACCAAGCAGGAGGAUGCAAAGGAGGAAACCACUCUGAGAAUGGAGUAGGGAUGGGCGGAUUGAUCCAAAGUAUCGAUACUUCUGAUCCAGAUGUUUCAUUUUUGAGAAUAGAUCCUCACAUAAAAAUAUCGAUACCAGGUGCUUUUAGCCAGUGAUUUAAAUUUGUUUUAAUUUUUUUUUUUAUGAAACUAAAUGUGUAUCAGAUAUUGAAAAGUGAAAAUAAAAUAAAAUGAAAUGUAGCACAUUGUUGUUUAGGAUAGGAACUACUUCUCCUUCCGCCCUCUCCCUCCGCUCCUCAUAUAGCCUAUACACAGGCACACCGAGACACACAGUCAGUCACAUAAACGAGAGUGAACACGGUUAUCAGCGCUGCUCUGCUUUCAUGGCCUAAAGAAAACAAAGCAUGGUUUGGAGUCAUUUCACUCCAAUAAACAGCAAUGAAGCAAAAUGUGACAUAUGUCAAAAGUGUGUAAGAUAUUGUGGCAAUACCACGAACCUAAAACACAUAAAAAUCAGUCGCACACGAGAGCAUGACAAGAUGCAGCGGAGGCGAUUAGAGGAGGGGGAGAGAACACAGACAAAUACCGCCAAGUCUAGUGACAGAGUGAGGCAGAGAUCUCUGACAGAAGCCUUUCAGAGAGGCAGGUAUCUUAAGUUAUAAUAUUAGGUUAUUUAAAUUUUUAAAUGCGUUCAUGUCUGACUAUGUAACUGGUGCCAGGUCCUUUAUAAAGAGAAACCCCACUAUUUCACCUAUCCCAUGGAAACAAGGUUUUUUGUGUAAUAGCGGUAUUGUUGUACAUGUAAACACUUCAGUCGAAUUAUUGCCGUAAACUGAUUUUUUCCAGUCGGUGUAAACACACUCAAUAGGCUGCUAGAUUGGACACAUUUUCAAACAAUAUCUGAAUGCAUUAUAUCAAUUUUGUGGAAAAACUCAUAUGCAUUGCUCAGGAUUUCUAAAACAUAGAUUAUAUCUUAUAAAAUGUAAGUAAAGUUCUCAGGUUGCUAAUACCUUCAGGAAUGAUCUGGUGAAUAUAACUCUUAUGCCAGCCAUCAUUUUAUCACAAAGGUGUCACUUUUAUCAAAUGGUGGAUAAUGCAUUUUGGAACGAAACUCUUCAUACAUUAAUUAAAUUACACACUUCAAAUGUUAAGUAAUUGCCUGUAGCUACUUAGUCUAACUAUUUUAGGCUGAAUGAGAGUUACUCCCAUAUACUGCCCA